AUCAAGUUCACACGAGUAUCUUUUCGUAAAAAUGAAGUCGAGUUCUAGAAGGCGCUCUGCGUUUUCUGUGUAUCAAUCGCAGAUUGGAAAGGAUGAAGAAAGUUCCCAGAAAGUGGAGGAAAAGGCUAAUCAACCGUCUGGAUCAAAGAAAAGGCCGCUCGACGAAAAUCCUUCGAAAAGCACCUCAAAGAAAGUGAGCAAAUUGCGCGGCAGUAAAAGUUUGGACGACGACGGAACAAAUGGGAUAUUCGAUCACGAGGAACGUACACCAGACAUUCUAGAACCUAAACAGAAAGGAAAAGGGAAGUUACUUAGUAAAGCUAACAGACUCAGACAGAGUCUGUCCUUGUCUAGCCGGAAAAAGAAGAGGAAUGGCUAUCAAAGUUAUGAUCGUGUAGAUUUACAGGAAAAGUCUUCAAGUAACUUGACCGUGCAUAACUUGCCCGCUGAUAAAUCAGACAGAACAGAUAGUGAGACCGGGAAUGAAGAACCUUCUGAGGAAGAGCAAGCCAAGUGGAACUCGGAACAAGGAGAUAUAGAAGCUGACAGACUUUUCUCCUGGUUGAUAAGUCCAGUGAAACCUGGGAAAUUUUUCAGGUAUAGGUUUAACCGUUGACUUUCCACAGGGAAUUAUUAGUUUGUUUUCGGAACAGUGUUUUUGACCCAGAGACUCAAACUGUACUGAUCUGCAGUUAUUGGAAACGAAAACGACAAGAACCAAGAUCAAUAACACGCAACUGAAUCCUAAUAGAACAUUCCAUUUUUUUUUUACCUCCACCCUCUCCCCCUCCCCCCUUACUUAGGAUGGUGGAUUGUAAUUCCUAUGGAAUCUAGAUUUUUCUUUAGAGAAGCUGAAAUAUUCUGAACUCCUCAGAAGUCAAGUGUGAGCACAAACACCUCUCCACCAAACACACUCAUUUAGGUAUAUAUAUUAACAAUUAUUCUUUUCUUUUCUUUUUGUGUAGUGACGUAUGGGAACAGAAACCCCUGUUGAUCAAGAGACAUCAUCUAACCUAUAAUGAUGGCUGGUUCAGCACAAGCGAAUUAGAUACUAUUCUUAGAGAGGUACAUGUUAGCAUUUUAUUAGUUUUGCCAUCCCUUUAUAGGAAAUGCAUUGCCUGAGUUUUGGUGAUGAAAUUCAACUAAAAAUGCUUGAUACUGACUGAGACACAUUAGGCCUUUACACCUUAACAUCAUUGUGCAUAUUCUCUGCACUGUUGUCUGUAUGUUCCCUAUGAUAAUUAUGGGGAGAAUAUUUUCAACGAUCAAGAACGUCUUAAGCUGAUUAUUAUUCCUUUUCUUCUUGAUACCUUAAUGUUUGAUUCAGUGAUGAUACUGUAAGGAAAAAUUAAAUGAUUGUCACCCAUAGGGGUGUAGGAUUAACCAAAUGCUUUAUGCACUGGAUUUUAGAUUAAAAGUUCAGGGUUCAAGUUCUGGCUGGGUCAUGGUGUUGAGUUCUUGGGAAAGACAAAGCUAGUCACUCACAGUGUGCGUCUCUCUAUCCACAAGAAGAUUAGGUACCUGGUAGCCGAAUAGGAAAUUCACAAUCUCUAGGGGGUGGAGAGAGGGGUAACCUGCAAGUAUUAGCAUCACAUCCAGGGGAAGAAUCAAAACUUAAAAUCAUUUUAUGCUUUGGGAACUAGGGGAGGAUCCACCUGUGUGGGUGAUUAAUUUUGUUUAGGGAGCCCUCAGGGUUGCAGGCCAAGUCAUUGUGUUCUGUUCUUGAACAAGAGACUUUACUCACCCAUUGCUUCUUCCUACUCAUGAGUAUCAGCAGACACUAGAUAGGAUACAAGGAAACUUCCAUUUAGGGCAGAAGGGGGUGGUAAUCUGCAGUGAACUAACAUCCUAUCCAGAAGGGGUAGAAAUAUCCUUGCCCACUGCAUGCUACAAAACCAUGAUAACCUUAGCAGUGUGGACCUCUUGUCUUGAGAGCUGAGUUUAUCAUACUUGGUACCCCAAGCAUUGUGAUUGGAAUACAGAACUAUGAUUCAAUCAGAUGCUGUUUGAAUAAUCUAAAAAUUUCAUGGUUUAUGUGUCUCUUGUGAAAUAAUCUCUCUUUUUGAUUGAAAUGCCAUUUUCAGCACAGAGUUCUAUUCUCAACCAAUCUGGAUGUGACAUCUUAUAAAAAUGGACAACGAGAGACGCCACAAUCCUUCAGGGAGAGCUCAUGCUCCAGUAGUAUGGGAUUAUUAUGAGGUAUGAAGAUCAAAGGAUUAAUUCUUCACACUCUAAGCUAUACAUCUUUUUUAAUUCUAGCAUAGAGAAGUUGUUUUUCAAUGGAACAGUAGCCCUUAGUUGAUAUAUUUUUCAUUCUGCUUGUUAUCUUUCUGCUUUGAAAUGUAUUGAUAAUGUAGGGAGAAUUUCCUUUUUUAAUCACAUUUAACCUGGGAGUGAAAGAAUGAAUCAUUUUGAAAAUUUCUGAGAUUAUUUUCACUUUUAUUGUCCCCAUUCAAAAAUCAAUUAUUUUGUAUGGCCAAUGUGAUGUUUUCCUUUAAUUUAAAAUAAUAUCAAAAUUUUACUUGAAUUUUUAAGUCUUUUGUAACCUAGAAUAUUACUUAUUGAAGUUUGUUGUUUGAAGUGAUAAAAAAUGUGUGGAGAGACUUUCCUAAACCACCUGAGAGUGGACUGCUAUUUGAAUUAUUAUUAGUAUUUCUAUGAUUGUUACUAUUGUUAGUAUUAUUAUUAUUGCUUUUAAUGUCAUUUUCCUUAUUAUCAUAAGAAUCAUUUCUCUAAUUAAAAUUAUUAGUGCAGCAUAAUAAAUGUAUUUUUUUUAAUUUCCAGAAAGCCUUCUAUUUAUCAUUCUAGUAUAGUGUGACAUUUCUUACUACAAAGUAACUGGUUAUCUCUAUUUUGUUAAAUUUUAUUUUGAAUUAUAGGUGAAUCAUUUUUUUUUUCUUUUUAGAAUGGCUGUUCUGUUCGUUUCCUCAAUCCUCAAGCUUUUUCACAGUCAGUGUGGAAGUUGACUUCCCUUCUACAGGAGUAUUUUGGUUGUCUGGUUGGUGCCAACGUGUAAGCUGCUGUUUCUAAAAUGUUUUUUAUUGAUAACAAAUAACUCUUCCAUUCUACAUGUGAAUGAAAUGAAGACGCAUUUUACCUUAGUAUAAUUGUAAAAAGUGUGAGAUUAUGCUUGUAUGAAAGUCAUUUGGUGUACAACAUGUAGCUGCAUGUCUUGCAGAGAAUAGGGAAAGAUUCAAUAUUUGUUGUGAAAACUUGGAGUUAGAUCAAAUUGAAGUUUUCUCUUUACCUGUUUUCUGAUGAUAUAUGGAUAUUAUUGGGACAAAAAAAAAAAGAGUAAAGCCUUUGUACAGGCCCAAGUGGCCCAUGGGGCCAGUGCUUAAUUCCAGUUUCAUUAGCAUGAAGUAGCCAGGAGUAUUGCUACCCCCCCUGGAUGGGAUGCUAGUCCAUCACGGGGUUACCCCCACAUUUUUUCUGGAACCCAUUUGUACACCUGGGUGAAGAGAAGCACUGUGAGAGUAAAGUGUCUUGCCUAAGAACACAACACAAUGACCCUGGCCAGGGUUUGAACCUGGACCACUCGAUCCGGAGUCGAGCACACUAACCAUGAGGCCACUAUGCCUCCACUAUUAUUAUUGGGAGAAGUUACAUGCUUAUCACUCAGGUGAAAGUUAAAGGAUUGAUAUAAAAUCAAAACUGUGUUUAUUUUUACUUUAGUUAUCUAACUCCAGCUGGUUCUCAAGGCUUUGCCCCACAUUAUGAUGACAUUGAGGCCUUUGUUGUGCAACUUGAGGGGAAGAAACACUGGAGACUUUAUAAUCCAAGGUACAUGUAAAUGAACUAUAGAGCUGAGAACUACCAAAGAACAUUCAAAGACAGAAGACUGAUUUUAUGGUACAUAUGCCUUUUGUGAUUUGAAUAGUAAUUGUCUUCUUUAUAUCUUUGUAGUUUGAUUUGGAAAGAUUUGUUUCCUCCAUCUCUCAUGUUAAUAUUUGUGUUUUUUCCAGAUGUGAUGCUGAAGCCUUACCAAGGUACUCUAGUGGUAAGUCUUGCAUUUUCAUGUAAAAAAAGAUUUGUAUAUUUUACAUUUUUGUUAUUGUAGGGAAGUACUUAAUUACAUGUGAGGACAUGUAGGUUACACAAAGGUCAGUCAACUAAUCAAUCAAUCAGUCUUGCCAUCAAUUGGCUGGAAUUAAUCAAUUACCCCUUUACUCCUUAACAUCAGUAUGCAUAUUCUCUUUACUGCUCUCUAUGCAUUUCCUAUAGAGCUGACAAGGAGAAUUUGUUCAACAAUCAGGAGUUCCUUAAAUCUGCGAACAUUUCCUUCAUUUUCAUGACUUAUGCAUUUGAUUCAAGGAUGUUACUGUUAGGAGAAAUUAGAUGUCAGACGCUUCAGGGAUUGAUAAAAAUGAUGAGGUUACCUUCCAUGUACAAUAGAUAAGAGUAACCUAGAAAAAAGAGAUUCCAAAAAAUACUUCAGUUUAAAUUGGUCAGGCUAUGUUAACUCUUUAACCCUGACAUCAGUAUCCAUAUUCUCCAUACUAUUCACUAUACAUUUCCCAAGGUGCUGACAAAGAGAAUUUGUUUAAUAAUCAAGAGCUGCUAUAGUUGGUGAUCACCAUAAGGGGUUAAAAGAUUAAAAGUUGUCAAACUAUUACUGCCUUUUCAUCCUACCACUAUCAAAAUGAAAAAACCCUGAAAAUUAAAUUUCUGAGCUGUUUUUAUUUUUUAUUUUUUAACUUGUUAAAAAUACUUAUUUACAAUAUACAUUUACGGUACUUCUUGUAUAGUCUGAAAAUUUUCAUUUUUUUGAAUGGCUAUCAGUAUGUUGUCUUUUUACACAACACAAAUUUGAAUCCUUUGGCAGAAAACUUUACACAAGAAGAAAUUGGUGAACCCAUUCUUGAUACGGAGCUUGUUGCUGGAGAUGUCCUCUACUUCCCAAGGGGGACAAUCCAUCAGGUUAGUAAUUUUUCUUUCACGAGGUUCCCCAAAGUCAACCAAUAGUUGAACCUGUACUCUUUCAACCUUUAGAACAGGUUCCUUCUGUAAUUUUUCACCAGGGGCUAUAAUUUUUUCAUGCAUUUUUUAAAAUUUUUUUUUUUGUUUGGUGGGUAAAGAGUUUGUUACAUGACCAAGCCAGACAACUGCUGUGAAGGAGGCAGUGUGGCCAGGCAGUUAAGGUGCUGAGCUUGUAAUCUGGUUGCCCUCCACCCUUCUAUGCACUGGAUUUGUUCUUGUUUGCCACAAGUUCAAUUCCUUUACUGUACUUUGUGCAAUGUAUUUAAUUUCUCUGCCUCCUGCCAGUUGGGAUUUUUAAAUUUGCAUUGGCUCUAAAAAGCACAUUGGGGGCAUGGUCAAUUAACUAUACACAUACAUACAUGCAAGGAGGGAGAAGGGAAAGAUACUACUGGACUGGAAAUCUCAAAAGGAAAUAUACCAGAUUACUACAUAUGGUUAGAAAUUAUUGCCUUUUCAUAUCAACCCAGGGAUCACAGGCACAUUCCACACCCCUUCCCCCCUCUCUAAUGCUAGCUCACUAGUGAGAAAUAGCCAAUUUUAAUAUUUCAGUUCUUGUAUUCUAUCCACUCUGAUGUGUGAACAGAUGUGUCUAAAAAGUUCAUAUUUUAGAACACUUUAAGACUUUAGUCAACUUGUCCCCAAAUUGAUAUUUUCUUUAUUCUCAAAACACCAGACAUUGUAUUGAUAAUGUAAGGAGAAAUUCUGUCUUGAACCCAUGGGAAUAGUUCAUUAUCCACUAGACUGUUUUUGUUUUUAUCAAACAUUUGUAGGUACAAUAUACAUCCAAUUUGUUUUUAUUUUAUCACAUUUAGGCAGAUACACCAAGUGAUACGCAUUCUUUACACAUUACUCUGUCCACAUAUCAAAAGACCUCCUGGAUGGAUUUUAUGGAAAAGGUGAACUACCUGUAUUUUUUGUAGACUUUGAGCAGUCCCUCAUUUUUGGCAAAGUCCUUUGCGCAAGUGAAAACAAAUAAGCAAAAGCAAAAAAUUGAUGUUAGAGUGCACUGUGGAACAUUGUGAGGUGCAUGAACAGUAGCUGCCUUACUCCUAUAGUUCUGCAUGGCACACAACAUAAUUUUUGUUUUUGCUGAAUUUUUUUUGCUCCCCAACAGAUUCCUUGGGAAAAGGAUGGACUGCUCAUUUUUUUUAAUUUAUGUAGAAAAAUCUGCUUUAUUUGUUUAAAGCUUUUCCAUUUUUCAUUCUCAAUUUUAUUUGAAUAUUCAAAUUUGCAGUUAAUUCCAGGUGCUCUGCAGGUUGCAUUUGAAGAGGAUCGUGAAUUCCGUCAAGGAUUGCCACUUAAUUAUCUUGACUAUAUGGGUGUGGCAAAUUCAGAAUUGGUGAGUUGCCAUGGUAAGAACUGAAGAAAAAGGCUUAAAUUAAAACUUCAAUCAACAAAUACAUGGGCAGACUUUGCUCUUAUUAGUACAUGUAAUUACCAUGUUUUUUUUUAAGUCAGACUGUGUGUUAUAUACCUUGUGAAAUAAAACUGUUUCCAUUGGUAUUAGGCUGUGUAGCAGGGACCUUUUCUGCAAGCAAUUGGUUUAGUUAAUAUUCUGAUUUAAGGUUGAAGCCAAUAAGGAAAGCCUUAACUGCUCAAAUAUCAUUUUUUUUUUUGCACUGGUACCUCUUCCAGCAUGAAUGAACAAGGAAUUUCUUUAUUUCACCACUUUUUAUCAUGAAAUGAUGCCUUUUUUCUGUAAGAACACUAAAGAGAGGUCAGAUUUCCUGAAGAAGGUGGAAAAACUUAUGAUGAAAUUGGUGUCGCAUGCUCCAGUUGAUGCAGCUGUCGACCAGGUAAAAUGUUCAACUGCAGACAUUUUUUUGGUCAAUAUUUUGUUCACAUUUUAACUCCUCUUUGUGGUCAAGACAGAAUUUCUCCUUACAGUAUUAAUAUAAUAUAAAGCAGGCAGGUGAUGAGAAUAUAGAAAAAUAUCAAUUAGAGGAUGAGUAGUUGAUCCAAUACCAAAUUCUCAGAACAAGCAUCAUAAGGAUUGUAUAGCAGACAAUGGGAGAAACUGCUGAUGGGAUCUUGUGAGUGAAAGGAUUAAAUGGUAUUCUUUUGUCUAUCCUUCUCCUUUUUCUAAAAUUUUCUGUUGUUGUGGCCAGUUUGCAGUGGGAGCCCUUCGAGAUUCUUUGCCUCCAGUUUUAACUGAAGGUGAGUGAACUAGAGUUAUUAAAUCUGAAGAUUUUCACUAUUUUUCUUUCAUAAAUAUAUAUAUAUAUAUAUAUAUAUAUAUUAAAACCGGAAUUAGGUUAAGGUAUUUAAAGAUUUAAAACUGCUGUAAUUAAACGAUCGGCUGUCGGCCGAAAAUAGAUAUUUAACAGAUUUGACAGGUGUUUGACAGGCGACCGAAAACUGCUUAUCGUUCUAAUAAGUAAAAGGACUGCUAAAAACUGUCGGCUAACUGUCGGCUGUCGGCUGUCGGCUGUCGGCCGAAAGUGGACCGACGGCUGGUCGGCAGAGGGCCGACAGUAGACUGACAGGUGCUUGACAGGCGACCGAGAAAUUUAUUUAGAAGCUGAUGAAGUGAAAGAGGCUUAUCGUUCUAUUAUAGAAGAAACAAAGAAAAGUGUCUUUGGCAGUGAUUCUUCGUGGAAAGAAGGAAAGAUUAUCGGCAAAGUUUCUAUCAACGAGGAAACAGAAGUCAGGCUGAUACGGAAGGGAGUGGCGAGGUAGGAUCUCCCGUCCUUACUUUAACCCUUUUAAUUUCACACGAGUGACCAAGAAAAGAUUUCUCCUUACUAUAUCAAUACAGUAUCAAGGACACAAGUGAUGAGAAUAUAAAAAAAUAUCAGUUAGCGAUUAUUUGCCGAUCCAAUACCAAAUUCUUCAAACUGACAGCAUGAGAACUGUACGGUACACAGUAAAGAGAAUUGCUAAUGAGAUCUUGGGAGUGACAGGGUUAAUUUGAAAUGAGGUGCCCAGAGUGUACGUGCUAAUUCGAGAUUUCACGAUUUCCGGCCUGUGGAUAGAAUGCGUCGCUGACUUGGCAGUUCCUCAGUUGUCUUUAAAACAACUCUUCCUUCCCUUAAAAAAAAAAACAUGCAAAUUUAAAUUAGGAUUGGAAAUUGUCAUUUUCUUGUAGGCUAGUUGUCGAAGGUGAAGUCGUGCAUGUUUACCACACACUGCAGAAUUCUAGAGUCUAUCACGAGACUGAGCUAGACAGCUUGGAGUUUGGUUUAGAGGUAAUAAUUUCAAGUGUAUGCUUACUUCUGUCAACACAGCAUCAACACAACAGUCAAAGACCGGGUAUGCAAAAAGAAAGAAACAGUCGGUCUUACACGAGUAAUACAUUGUUUACAAGGAAAGUUUUAUUGAAUCCGUGAAAAUUUGGAGACGGAGGUCAAAGUCUGGAAAAGCAAAACUUUUACUUUUGAACUUAAGUUUUUUCCAGCUUCAGUUACUCAGUUGAUUGAGCUUUACCAAGAAGGGCAUAUGUUUUCAAAGCACCGUGUCGUGCUGCUUGUGUUAAAGUUAUCAUCGCUAGAACGCUUUUCGAUUGGGUGUGGUUAAAAUCAAACCCAAAGUAAUCACAACAACCAACUAGGAGAAAGGAACAUACCUUUAAGAGCCAAUGAAAACUCAAAGUAAAAACACCCAUACUGCCUGAAGCGCGGGAAAACGCGGGUUGCUUGGUUUUAGUUUUACAUCUGAUUGGUUGAGAAAGUGGCGCGAGUUUUCUGAAAACGGGAAAAUGGGAAAACGCGGGCUGCUUGGUUUUAGUUUUACAUCUGAUUGGUUGAGAAAGUGGCGCGAGUUUUCUGAACCAGUUACAGCGGGAAGUAAAACAAAACCAAGGCAAUCCUGGAUUACUUUCGACUCUCUCUUGAAAAUUGCUCUAUUUAGCUAUUAGUAUCAUUAUUAUUAUUUGUUCAUUUGUUACGCACUUUGCUUUUCAGGCUGGUCCAAUAAUAGAGAGCAUUCUACAGAGUUACCCUGAUUACAUUGCAGUGAAAGACCUGCCUCAUGAUGAUACGAAUUACAAGGUAAAUUUAAAAUUUUCUCCUCUUUUCCUUGCAGUUUACAUUUGAACAUUUCAAUAUGCUACUUAGCUCACACCUUUAUUGAUAUUCUUUUUCUCGUGUUUUGCCUUUUUUCGUUCUUCAGAUUGACCUGGUCACCUUGCUCUACGAAAAAGGAAUUCUGGCCAGAAAGUAAAGCUGCCGCUGUUUACAUCGCUACCCUAGAAUUUCAGAGUGAUCGACAAUUUGAUAAAUAUUUCGGCAAGCUAAGGAUAUUUGUCAUUUUUGGGUUGAAAAGACGCAAUCCUCAUCAGCUGCCUUAGAGGAAUAGGAAGUUAUUAUAUUUUUACUCUUGGUUGGCUUUUUGUUGUUAUGUUUGUUGUUGAUGUCAUUGGUGGUGUUUUUAAUUUGUUUAUUAUUUUGAUUGUUUUUGCGUGGGAGACCAGAUUUUCUUUUAAAAGUCAAACGUUUUUACGUGAUCACUAAGUAUACAGAUAGUUGUGAAUUUCGUUGCUUCUGCUAACUUGAUGUAAUAAAACCAAUUCCAGGAAAGACUGCCGUUGAUGUACAAAUUUGUAUUGAUUGUGAUUGCCUUAAUUUCUAGCGCAUUAUGCAUGGUAAGAACAUCAUGGACACACUCGGCUGCCCCUCGUAUGCCACUUGCAUGUCCUUACCGCAUUUUGACGUCAUAUCACUUAACUUGUCGCAUCUUUUCCUGAACAGUCGCGUGUUAACAAGGAAUCUCUUUGUUAAAACGUGCCACCUUUCACUGUUUUCCCUUCACUCUCCCGUACAAUUCACUUGAUAACCCUUUUAAAGUAGAGUUAGAUGUUUAUUUAUGAACUUAAAAAAAGACUUCUCUCAAUUUAAGAUGGUAGCAAUGGUAAAAAUAAGUAAUUGGGUUUAUUUCAAGGAUAGCUACAUCUUUUAAGAUCUUGUCCUGUCUAAGGUUCAUGAAUGGAUGACAUUACUAAUGAUACGUGAUAGUUACUCGUCCAAAGGAGAACGUCGAUCCAAAUGACGUCAUAUUGAAGACAAUAAACACUUGGGCAACACUAUAAUUUUCCGUGUUUUGAUAUCAUUAAUGUUCGCCGUCAUAAGGAACUUAAGUGUUCUGAGAACGUUUUUUCUGGUACCAAAUCUGUCAGGAAGGGCCGAUAAUAUCGGGGAGUUUUGGAAAGUCAUCAUAAUAGGGUAGAAGCGAAUUUGUCUCCAAAUACUAUAGAACUAAAUCUUUGACCCAAAUCGUGAUUAAAAGAGGAGCCGAAAACCGCCUAAAACUCUUGUUAACACCGACAUCAUUAGGGCCGUUUCUUUGUUCUUUUGUUCUUGUAUUUAAAAGUUUUCAAUUUGGUUCUUUUUUUUUUUACUUGUUUGGUAUUUAUUUGGUUAGUUGUAUAUUUAAUUUUUACUUUUGCAGCCUAUUUUACACUAACCGGCUAUCUGUAGCAUGAACGCUUUGUGAUCAUUCAUGCUUUAAGUGCAGCUGCCGUGACAAAACGUGACUUGAAAUAAUUAUUCUGAUCGUGGUUUCCUUUUCCGGUUUUCGGGGAUUGGUUCAAUCUGACAGUUUCGACGGUUUUUAUAUCUUUUCUUUUCUUACAUAGCUAUUCAGAAAUCUUGCAUUGCAACGCACUCAAGCUGAAGAAAUUGUGGCUUAAAAUGGAACACGAGAAGGUCUCGGAGAGGUCUCAAAAACAUAGAACUGGCCUUGAUUUUACAGGGUUAGGGAUUUUUUUGUUGCUGAUUAGUGUUGUGGCCGCGAUAGUGCUUGGUCUCACAGUUGCACGUUUCGCAGUGUACGACAUGGAACUGAAAACGUCCGAGUGUAGAGUCUUAUCCACUGGAGUAGCAAGCGAAAGGAUGAAUUGUAGUUGCACGAACACCGUGCCCUCUUUCAUGUCGUCUGAGUCGUCCUACCCAUGUCUUCUGAUAGAAGUUGCCUUGUACGCGAACGGUGAAGAGCACACAGCCUAUCUGUAUGAAAAUAGUUACAAGGAGAAAAAUAAGGUAAGAUCUGAAAUUAUGGCGGGAUUUCAUGAAAUGAUCUUCGUGUCAGGAAAUGUAUGUAUACGUAGUAAUACGUUGAUUUGGGAAGAUCGCGCAAAGGUAGCAAACAGAAUUAGUCAUCAAUUGUCCGUGUUAAUGACAAUCUUUCACUUCAUAUUUGAAUAAUAAUUGUAAUUCAGCCUAAGGGCCACUUCUAAAUAAGUGGCUUUUAAUAAAGAUGAAGGUCAAAAUGCACCAAUGUCAGCGCGCCGAAAAAAAAAACCAUAACAGAAGAGCAGGCGCAGUUAGAACACUACAAUUUGAUCUGAUAAUGAAUGAAGACAUUAUUUACAUAGGUAUCAAAUCAGUUUCGCUGAACUUCCCAUAACUAACGCUUAUCUUUUUUUUGAACGACUUUGUUUAAGUUGCACAUGUCAUUUCAGUGGCAAGUUUUGUUUUUUACUGUCAUUUGCAUUUGGGCUGAAGAAUGUCGGAAAGUCCUGGGAACCAUUUCGAACCUAGACCCAAACUCCACCUUCCUGAUAAUUAUUUUGCACUUUUCAAGUAACUUAUGCCUUUUUUGAUUUUUUUUUUUUUUUAAAUUUUUAGUGCAGCACUCAGCCGUGUGACUGCCUCGACGUCAAUAAUGAUGGAAAUGUGACAGUGUUUUGGAUUAAUUAUGGUGGAAUGAACGACACGUACACUUGUUACUACAAUCCCAAAAAUCUCAACGAAGCUUUUACAAAAAGACUUUUGAAGAGUGAUGGCAUGAAGUUGAUGCAUUCCUUCUUGUGGCCAGGGCUAGUUUUGGGUAUCGGCAUCGUCUUUCUGGGUAUAGGGUUUUGCCGAGAUAAAGGACACUGCCGUUACAGGAAGCAGAAUAAAUCCUCCAGUUCUGUUCCAUAUCAAGAUCUUUCGUCAAUGGCCUAA